AUGACAGAGAGCCAGCAUGCCUGCCCCCCCAUCCCCCCAGAACAAUUUCACACCAAUGAGCAUGCCGCGUGUAGCUCCCACUCGCUGGCAUCAGAAACACUAGAUAUCUUCAGUCUCGAGCUAUACAGAUUCAUACAGACACACCAGCAUUGGCUAGACAGAGACUGCAUUCUGCCAAAAACACGCUGGGGAAAGGCAGUCAUAAAGAAGAGGGGACAAAGAGUCCAACAGCUCUCGCACACACCGGACUCAAGGAUCUGCACCAUGAAGACCAGACUAGGCUGCCUGUCCAACAAAUCUGACUCCUACAGUGACUUUUCUGAGUUCCUUCCUCCUGCCCACGAAACUACAGCCAGGUGUCUGAAACUAUCAACGGAUGAGGUUGUUCGAUGGUCUGAAUCGUUUGAUCACCUUCUCUCUCACAAAUAUGGCCUGGCUGCCUUCCGGACAUUUCUCAAGACAGAGUUCAGUGACGAGAAUAUCGAGUUUUGGAUGGCCUGUGAGGAGUAUAAAAAAAUCAAGAGCUCUGCCAAGCUUGUGUCGAAAGCAAACAAGAUCUUUAAGGAGUUCAUUGAUGUUCAAGCACCAAGAGAGGUAAACAUUGACUACCGCACCAGGGAAAAGACCAAGCAGAGCCUGGAGGAUCCAUCCCCAACCAGCCUCAACGAAAUCCAAGCUAAAGUCUACAGCCUCAUGGAGAAAGACUCCUACCCACGAUUCCUCAGGUCCAAGAUGUACCAGGACAUAGUCAACAGGACGCAUGCACAAGGCCAGCGGAGGUCUGUUUGA